AUGGCUGCUCCGCCUGGGGUGCCGCCGAUGCGGGUGCUGGAGGAGGCGCUGGGCAUCGACUUGUCGCCCACGGGCGACGCGGCGGCAGAGACGGUGGCCGCCGAGGGCGCCUACUACCUGGAGCAGGUGACCCUGACUGAAGCUUCUGAAGAUGAGUGUGAAUACGAGGAGAUACCAGAUGACAAUUUCAGCAUUCCAGAAGGUGAAGAAGAUCUGGCAAAAGCAAUUCACAUAGUUCAAGAGCAGGCUACAGACGUUCAGAUUCUGGAGCAGAAAACAGUUCUUCCUUCGAGGCAUGUAGUACACGAAGCCAUAGAAGACUUUCUCUGUAAUUUCUUGAUCAAAAUGGAAAUGACCAGAACUCUGGACUGCUUUCAGGCCGAAUGGUAUGAGUUAAUACAGAAGGGAGGGACUGACCUCAGAGCCCUCGGGAAUGUUCCAGAUGUCUACAGCCAGGUGAUGUUUUUAGAGAGUGAGAACAAAAACCUGAAGAAAGAUUUGAAACACGUCAAACAGGCAGCUGAAAGGGCCAGAGAAGAUCUGCUGAAAACUCAGAAGGAACGGGACUUCCAUCGCAUGCACCAUAAGCGCAUAGUGCAAGAGAAGAACAAGCUGAUUGCGGACCUGAAAGGGCUGAAAUUACAUUAUGCAUCUUAUGAACCAACUAUUAGGGUGUUACAUGAGAAGCACCAUGCUUUACUGAAGGAAAAAAUGCUGACCUCCUUGGAAAGAGACCGAGCUGUUGGGAAGAUUUCUGGGCUUCAAGCAACACUGAAGAACAUAGACAUCAGACAUAUACAGGCUCCUAUAAUCAAAGGUAACCAUGAGAUCGCUUCUUUCUCAGGAGAUCUGGGAGACAGAGUUGGUCACAAUUGUGAGAAAGAAAACAAGUCUGAAGGCCCUACUCAGAAAUGCCUUCGUGAAGCCAGGGAAGAAAAUGGGCAUAAAACAAAGACGAAGAAUGGUAAAAAGGAUUCAGAAUUUCCCACAGAUAUGCAACCAGAUCCAAACUUGAGUGCAUGCAAAGAAAACCUUUGUCCAGCAAAAUUUGACUACAAGUUAAACAACAUUUUUAGACUUCAUGAACUCCCAGUGAGCUGCAUCGUCAUGCACCCCUGCAAGGACAUUCUGGUCUGCUGCAGUGAGGAUCGCCUCUGGAAGAUGGUGGGCCUCCCAAAGGGCAAUGUACUUCUUACAGGAUCCGGCCACACUGACUGGCUGUCGGCCUGCUGCUUUCAUCCCAGUGGCAACAAGUUGGCUACUUCAAGUGGUGAUUCCACAGUUAAAUUAUGGGACCUUUCAAAAGGCGAAUGCAUGCUGACCUUUGAAGGACACAACCACGCAGUAUGGUCCUGCACAUGGCACUCUAGUGGUGACUUUGUGGCCUCUGCCUCACUGGAUAUGACUAGUAAAAUCUGGGAUGUCAAUAGUGAACGGUGCAGAUAUACAUUAUAUGGACACACCGAUUCUGUGAACAGCAUUGAGUUUUUCCCCUUCUCCAACACUCUUCUCACUGCUUCUGCAGACAAGACCUUGUCUGUGUGGGAUGCGCGUACAGGUAAAUGUGAGCAGUCUCUGUAUGGUCACAUGCAUUCCAUCAAUGAUGCCACCUUCACAUCUAGGGGUCACAUAAUAGCAUCCUGUGAUGCCCGUGGAGUUACGAAGCUGUGGGACUUCCGGAAGCUCAUUCCAAUUGUGUCCAUUGAUGUGGGUCCAAGUCCUGGCAAUGAGGUGAACUUUGACUCAACAGGUCGAGUUUUAGCUCAGGCGAGUGCCAACGGAGUAAUCCAUUUGCUGGAUCUUAAAUCUGGACAAAUUCACAAACUGGUGGGCCAUGAGAGUGAGGUCCACAGUGUGGUGUUUUCCCAUGAUGGAGAGAAUCUGUAUUCUGGAGGUUCUGAUGGCACCGUUCGAUUGUGGUACUGA